AUGGGCCGCGGCGACAGCCCCGCCUCGUCGCCGCGCCGGGACAAGAAGGAGCGGAGGGAGAAGCACAGGCACAAGCACAAGGACCACGGCCGGGAUCGCGACAGGGACGGCAGGAGGGACAAAGACAGGGAAAGGGAGGGCGACCGACGUGACCGGGGAGACCGCGGCAGGGGGAGGGAGCGAGGGAAGCGUUCGGACAGGGCCGAUGACCGUGAACAAGGCAGCAGCCGUGAUAAAUACAGAUCGCAGGAAAGGGAUCUGUGGGAAUAUGACAAGCGGAACAGGGGUAGGGACAGGGACAGGGACUCCCGAAGUUAUGAAAGGUCCAAGGGCCGCAGUGGGGGGAGAGACAUGGACCAGGAUGGACGUGAGCGCAGCAAACACAAGCGGGACAAGGCGCACUCCCCAGAUGGGCGUGAGUUGAAGCGGAGACGAGAGGACCGGCCUGAAGCACUGACCCGCGAGGAGGAAGAAAAACGUAAACUGGAGGAGCAAGCACGGCAGGAGCAGGAAAUGGUGGAGAAACGCAGGCAGCGGGUGACCAUGUGGCAGGAGCAGCAGAGGAAGCUUGCCGAACAGAGAGAGGCGGAGAUUGCCAAAGAGGAAGAGGCGAUGAAGAACAAAAAGAAGUGGUCGUUGGAGGACGACGAUGAUGACGACGACAUGGAGGCGCAACAGGGUGGUGGGAAAGAUGGAGCAGGGGUCCAGGGGGGAUCUGCACCUGAUGCGGAUAUGGAGGCGGAUGCUGACCCGCUGGAUUGUUUCAUGGCGAACGAGAUCAUUCCACAGGUGGACAUAGAUGUUCAGGAUGCGAUCAAGGCUGGGGAAGAAGCCCAAGUGGAGGCGCCGGUUGAUGUUGUGAUGGAGAAUGGAGGAGAGAAGGCUGAGAAGGCUGAGUCACUGGGUGGGGAGGAGAAGAGGGGGAGGAAGGAGAAGAAGGAGAAGAAGGGGAAGAAGGAGAAGAAAGGCGUGUUCAAUCCAUACGAUACGGACACAUCUGAGGACUGGGAUGAGGACGAGGAGGAGGAAGAGGUUGAAGAGGAUGAUGAGGAAUGGCUUCGAAACCUCCGUGCUGGGAAACUGAGCAAGGGGGACAAAUUGACUCCUGUGGAUCAUGCUGGAGUGACUUACUCCCCCUUCAGGCGUGACUUCUAUGUUGAGGUGCCAGAGUUGUCCAAGAUGACAGAGGAGGAAGUUGAUGAGCUGAGGUGUGAGCUUGAGGACAUAAAGGUCGCAGGCAAGAACGUCCCAAAACCUGUGAAGACGUGGACCCAGGCCAGCCUCAGUACCAAGGUCCUUGAUCUUCUUCGAAAAAGUGACUUUCACAAGCCGCUUCCCAUCCAGGCCCAAGCGCUGCCUGUCAUUAUGUCAGGGCGUGACUGCAUGGGAAUCGCUAAGACAGGCUCUGGCAAGACUUUGGCUUUUGUGCUGCCCAUGAUACGGCACAUCUCAGACCAGCGACCACUGCAGCAGGGCGAAGGUCCGAUCGGACUCAUAAUGGCUCCCACAAGGGAGCUGGUCCAGCAGAUAGGCAAGGAAGUGAAGAGGUUCUGCAAGGUGUUGGCGCUGACGUGCGUGUGCGUGUUUGGGGGGUCUGGUGUUGCGAAUCAAAUCAGCGAGCUGAAGCGGGGCUGUGAAAUCGUGGCCUGCACCCCAGGCCGGAUGAUCGACCUGCUGGUGACAAGCAAUGGGAAGAUCACGAACCUCAGGAGGGUGACAUACUUGGUGCUGGAUGAGGCAGAUAGGAUGUUUGACAUGGGUUUUGAGCCACAGAUUACAAGGGUGGUGAACAACAUACGGCCAGAUCGGCAGACUGUGAUGUUCUCAGCAACAUUUCCUCGACAGGUGGAGCUGAUUGCAAGGAAGAUAUUGACUGACCCAGUGGAAAUUCUUGUUGGUGGCAGGAGUGUUGUGAACUCCGACAUCACGCAGUUUGUGGAGAUCAGGCCAGAAGCGGAUCGAUUUUUCAGGCUACUGGAGAUUCUUGGGGAGUGGUAUGAGCAAGGAAAGAUCCUUAUCUUCGUAAACUCCCAAGAGAAAUGCGACACCCUAUUUCGUGACCUGCUCCGCCAUGGCUACCCAUGCCUCUCCCUCCACGGUGGGAAGGAACAAACCGAUCGGGAAUCGACGAUCGCAGACUUCAAGGGCGACGUGUGCAACCUGCUGGUGGCAACUUCAGUGGCAGCGAGGGGCCUGGACGUGAAGGACCUUGUGCUUGUGAACAACUACGAUGUCCCCAACCACCAUGAGGACUAUGUGCACCGUGUUGGCAGGACGGGACGAGCAGGAGCCAAGGGUACGGCCAUCACAUUUGUUGGUCCUGAGGAAGACAAAUUCGCUCCUGACUUGCUGAAGGCGCUCAGGGACUCUGGGUCACCAAUUCCACAGGAUCUGCAGCAGAUGGCUGAGUCAUUCAACAGCAAGAGGAAGCAGGGGAUCGCUCAGGCCCAUGGCAGUGGCUAUGGUGGUACAGGUUACAAAUUCGAUGAGAAUGAGGAGGACAAGAGGAAGGCAGAAAGAAAGGCUGUGGCCAAGGAGUUUGGGCUCACAGCGGAAGAGUCAGAAGAGGAGGACGAUGAUGACGAUCCACGACCUGCUGGCACAAGCCAACAAGAGGUUGUUGCUCAGGCAAUCUCCCAGGCUGCGAGCGCAGCUGCUGCCAUGGUUGACAAUUCCAACGUGGACCCGAAUAUUCAAAACUUGCCUCAGGUGCAGGCAGCCCACCAGCUGGCCGCAAAGCUCACGCAGCAAGCACAGCCUGGGACUACCGUGGCACCUGCUGCACCAGCAAUUAACCUGGCAGCUCUCCAGGCUGCUGCUCAACAACAAGUUGCUGCUGCCAACAACCCGAUACUGGCGGCAGCAAAGGCAGCUGCAGGGCAGAUUGCAGCCAAGGCUGGCCUCCCCAACCUGGCUGUGGCACCCAGUGCAAACGCCACCCCUGCUGCACGUGCCGCUGCCCUUGCACUUCAGAUGGCCCAAGAGCAUAACCCACAGCCCGAAGCCGAACCCGUCCAGCACUUUGAGGCUGAACUGGACAUCAACGACUUUCCCCAGCAUGCUCGUUGGAAGAUCACUCAUCGCGAAACUCUGUCACAAGUUACGGAGCUGACUGGAGUGGCGAUCAUGACGCGUGGGGAGUACUUCAAGCCUGGCACAGCCGUGCCGCCCGACAAGCGCAAGCUGUACCUGCUGAUAGAGGGGUCUUCAGAGUCGUCCAUUAAGAAGGCCAAGACGGAGUUGAGGAAGAUCCUGGCAGAAACCACGGAAAAGGUCAUGCGCAGGGAUGCACCUACUGGAAAGUACUCAAUCAUGUGA